UUGGGAUCUCCCAUGCUUACUUGAAACUUGUCUGGGCGUCACCUUCUUCCAAGUUCCCCCACCCGCACAGCCCACGGUCCACUGUCCCGCAGCCCAAGCGCUCGGCAGCAUCUACGCAGUACCUAUACAUCAUCACCACAAUAUUCCAGGUUCAUCAUCAGCAUCAGCAUCAACAUUCGGACCUGCAUCAAGCCUCUGCAGCCCCCCUUCGAGCACAUGUCUACCGCCCCCAUCGGAAUCUUCCAGUCUUCUCCCAACAACCAUCAACUUCUCCAGCUUCCUCCGAUUGACCUGGAUCUUUCAUCUUUCCCGUCCUCCCGUAUCCCGACCGUCUCAUCCCAUCCCGUCCCAUCCAACUUCACGGAUAUCCACACCUCCAUCCACAAUCCACAUGCGCAGAACGGAUACUCCGUAACACCGCCCAUCCAUCCAUCCACCUGCCUCAGACAUCAUAGGUAGCUGCUACCUUGCCCCAUACCUACCUUACCUCAGAUCAGCAUCUCCACGUUGUCGCCCAUCUCACUUUGCCGUCACUGCGCCUUCCCAUCUGCCGUACUCUGCGUACUGCGCACUCCCGCAUCCCUAUCCGAACAAACACCCGCUGUCCCCGUCACUUUGGUCCAGUUUGCCUUCGAAUACCUACAGCACCAACUUCUAGUCGUCCUCUGUUGGCACUGAGUUACCCACGGACCAGUCCUGUGCACGAAGCCGCCUCUUCCCUGUUCCGACAUCCAAUCUCGACCUCCUCGUCCUUCAGUCCACCUUCAAUGGCACUGUUCUAACCAGCCGCCCGUCUUCCUCCUUGAGCACUUCUUCUUUUGCUCCUUCUUCCGUCAUUCCUUACCUUUCUUCUUCAUCCAAUCAAUCCCGUUUCACUCGGUCGGCUUUCUUCUUCCUUGUAAUUUCUCGUGUUCCAACUGUUCAUAGAGCUUGGCACCGUUGGGUCCUUCGAAUCCCCGACAACCACCUCGAAUCGUGUCUCGCGAUUUCCGACUGCAACACCCAACCGGCCAACAACCAAGCUCCUGCUCUCCGCGCCUCGAGCCACGCUUUACCUUCUUCUCGAUCGCGGUCUUGCGCUACCGCUCGCUUGUUGAACUGGCCUGGCUGAGCCGGCUGCCAGGCCUCCUUCAUCCGAUAUCCGAACCAUCCUUCCACUCGAGUCCAUCUUCCACCCCCCCGGGAACGACUUGCGACGAUACCCAACCUCACUACCCCUUCCCACGACCCCGCGACCACUCGACACCAUGGUGAAGCUCAUUCCACCAUCAUUUCCGCCCCGGCGGCCUUCGAGCUUCCUCCGCUACGCCGCCGCCGUCAUCUUCUUCGUGGCACUCUUCUACUACUUCGACCCGCGAUACCCAAGAGAACCUCUGACACAGCUUCAACCAGAGAAGCCGAAGCAACCCCCGCAGGCACCAGACCCAGUGGCUCCGGCACGGGUUGAGGAUGUCACAAAGCCGACAGCUCAGGCCGAGACGACACCGAUACCUCCGAAAGCCGAUCAAGCAUCGCCGGGAGCUAAACCCUCCUCAGCGGGGAAUACCAAGGUCGAAGGCGGUGACGAUCCGUCAAAAGGACAUCCCAUCGAUGCCUUGAUCAAAGAUGCCGACGAAACGUUUGAUAAGUUGUUGGAGAAGGAGACCAAGACGCUGCCCGCCGCGGCCAAGGCCUACCGCGAGCGACGUGGUCGCCACCCACCGCCGGGCUUUGACGCAUGGUUUCAAUUCGCCCAGGAUCGCAAGGCCGUCAUUGUCGAGGACUUUUUCGACCAGAUCUACCACGAUCUAAAACCGUUCUGGGGCCUCGAACCAUCGCGCAUCCGAAAAGAGGCGGCUGAGUGGGAGAUGGUGAUCAAGGUGCGCAAGGGUCGAGCUACCCGUAUCAGCGACUGGUUCUGGACCAUCCACUGGACAAACAUGCUCAAGACGAUUGAGCACCUGCUACCCGACAUGGACAUCGCCCUGAACCCGAUGGACGAGCCGCGUAUGGUGGUGCCGUUUGAGGAUAUGGAGCAGCAUUUGAGGGACGCUGCCCUGACGGAAGGGAUGCCCGAACCGAAAAAGGUUAUGAACACAUUCCAGGCUCUGCCUAGUAGCAAAAAGGAGCUCGACCGCAACGUCAAGGUCAAGAGCAAGCACUGGGAUAAAGUCACGAAACAGUACUGGCUCAUUGCCCGCCGUGGGUGCCCUCCCGACAGCCCUGCUCGACUGGCAAAGACGCAAAGGACCUUUAACCAUGCCCCCGCCGUUUCGACAAAGUAUGCCAAGCCGCAUAUGCGCGACGGUUUCGUCUCCAACUACACUCUCUCGACCCAUAUCUGCCACCAACCCGACUUGCAAGGCCUCAAUGGCAUCUUCAUUGAGCCCCUCAGCACAGCUGCCACGCCUGUGCUGUUCCCCAUGUUUGGCGGUUCCAAGCUGGCUGUCAACAACGAGAUUCUGCUUCCUGCGGCCAUGUACUGGACAGAGGAAGAACGGUUCAGUGGCGGGGGGUACCAUGGGGGUCGCUGGAACAAGAAGAAGGACGCGGUGCUCUGGCGCGGCGUCGCAACGGGUGGGCGCAACCGCGUGGAUAACUGGCAAGGGUUCCAGCGCCACCGCUUCGUAGCCAUGAACAACGCGACCAAGGUCACGGGCGCCGAAGACGGCACGAUGGACCCGAUCAACUUUUCUCUGCCCGACAAGAUGUACAACAUCGCAGCGCAGGCGGUGGGUGGACUGGGCGACUGGAUCAAGUCGUGGGCCAAUGUUGGGUUCACGGAUCUCAUGUGCGAGCCCGAGGGCAAGGCCGGAACGUGCAACUACACGAGCCCCCACUUCAACCUCACCGAGGGGGUCAUGCUCUCCGAGAUGUACGACAACAAGUACCUCCCCGACGUUGACGGCAACAGCUUUUCGGGCCGGUACCUCGCAUUCCUGGGCAGCACGAGUCUCCCCAUCAAGUCGACGCUGUGGCGGGAAUGGCACGACAGCCGUCUCGUGGCAUGGAAACACUUUGUGCCGAUGGACACGCGGUAUAACGAAUAUUACGGCAUCAUGGAAUACUUUUUGGGAUACGGCGACGAGAGACCAGGCCACGACGCCGAGGCGGAGAAGAUUGCCAUGGCGGGCAAGGCGUGGGCCGAGAAGGCGCUGCGCAAGGAAGACAUGCAGAUUUACACUCUGCGGUUGCUUCUCGAGUACGCGCGCGUUACGGACGAGAGAAGAGAGAGGAUGGGCUGGGUGCAUGACUUGCUGGCGGAGCAGACAUCCAGUUGAGAGAGAGCGUGAGGACGCAGAAAGGAUUGUUGUUUCGUCGCAUGGAUACCACACCGCGGAAUACGGGAAGUCAAAAAGGGCAUGGCGUUAUUUUAUCUCUAUUAUAGUGUUCCGGUCCGUCUCUUUGGGGAGUUUUUGGUGUAACUCGCAAGGGCCCCUACUUGUCAGCCUUUUUAUGGGUGUUUUGAGACUUUUGUCUACGGAUCCUACCGGGACUGACUCCCUCAAACGGGAGAAUGAGGAAAGC